AAUUUUUCAACAGAACCGAAAUCAACGGGACAAAUUACGCGCCACACAUAUUCAAGCAUAUCCCAUUUUCUUUGGUUUUCCUGCUUCCUUCUUCGGAAUGGAAAAUAGGACGUGUCGCGUUAUCGUCUUCCUUGCCAUUCCCGUCUACACUGUCUUGGUCUUCCUUCUCAUUAUUGACGCCACCAGCAACCACAGCAUCGAGGGCCGCAGCGCCAAACUCCAGCGGUCACGAGGAACUGUUCCACACCCUCCUCGAGUUCCCGUCGCUCCUGCGCCCCACCAGAGACACCGCAGAAAACUGGCUGGUGCUCAUGAUUAUGUGGCCGCGCAUGAUGAUCCUCCCGGGAGAUCAAACCCCGAAGAUGGGACAGAUCGCGGCGGGAAUGCUGAGGAGAAGCGUGCAGGCGGGGACAGCUUCGAGGCAGGAAACGGGGAUUUCGGAGCUUCGUCUCCAGCACCGGGUUCCGAAAGCGACUAUGAUGAUUAUUAUGAAGACGAAAGUGCGGAUUAUAAUUGGUCCGAAGAUUAUUACAAGUACAAGCAGUUUGCCAGGCAUUACAUGUACUCUGAUCUCUUCACCUCCGAGUUUCCUUUAGAAAAUGGCGGAUUAUGUCCCAACAACACGAGAAUUUUCGUUUUUGUCAAUUCACGUGUCGAGAGCACCGAGACCCGAAACUCCAUUCGCAAAAGUUAUCUCAAGAUCCUCGCUAAACAAAAGAUACCUUAUGCUUUCCUUAUCUCGAAACCUUCUAGUAAAUUAGCGAUGCUUAAACUGGAAGAGGAAAACCGAAGAUUUAACGAUCUAGUGGUUGUUGGAAGCCUCGAAGACUAUGCAAAUUUGACGCUGAAGACGGGUCACAUGAUACGCUGGGUUGGGCGCCACUGUCCAGCCCACGCCUACGUCGCGAAAGUGGACGACGACGUCUACGUGAACGUCCCCAAGUUCUUGAAGGUGCUGGAGAAGAACAGACAAAAGACUGUGCUCGGCCACAUAUGUUCGAACUGUGUGCCAAACGCAGGAAAUAAUCUACCUCUGCACGUAGCACUCCGAAUGAUGAAUGGACUGCAGAUGCGAAAAAACAUGCCUCUCACGACCUUCCCUUCCUUUGCUACUGGACCUGCUUACGUCAUCACGGCAGACGUAAUUCCCUUGUUUGAGGAAGCGUCUCAGCUGAUGCAGUACUUCAUGUUCGAGGACGUGUUCUGGACAGGUUUCGUUGUGAAGAAGAUCAACCUGGAAUUCGGCCAGACUGUGGGAAUUCCCCAAGAUCCAGAGAGUGUAAGGUUCAAAUACCUCACCAUGAGGGCCAAGGGUAAGCCUUCAGGAGUGACUGUGAAGCAUGAGAAUGUCCCCGGAUGGCGUCUUAAUUACAAGACUUCGAAGCUCCUACAGGAAAGUCUUCGCAAGGCCCGUGAUGCUGUUAUUGUUCACCGUGUAGACUGGGAGAAAGACAGGGCAUUCGUGGAGGAUCUGGAUCGGGCUUUCGGGAAAGAAAGAGCUUGGGGGCUGUAGCACUGUCUUGGCUUUUGUUGCUACUGUAUGACAUGAUUUGGAUCUGUUAAGUCAUUUACUGCACUGUUGUUUGUGUACAUCUCUUUGUCACAUGUUUAAAGACACAUACAUGUACAGACACUGAAAGAAAGCACAGGAGUACUCAC